AGUCUUUGCCAUGGAAUUCUUUACAAUGAGUUGGAAGGCAACACCAUGUGAUCCCCUUCAUUACUGAUCAAACCCCAGCAAUUGCCCCUUCGCCGCUCAUUCCACAUCCCCACUUAAUAGAGGAACAUUUCCCUUGAACCCAUUUCAUCUAUAUAUACAAGUAAGAAUAAGUUAAUUGGCAACACCAACCUUCACAUUCUCAAGUACUCAAGUUGUUUACCUUCGCUUAAUUUCCAACUUCUUUCAGAUCUUCCUGUUCUUCCCUUCCAGAGGCACAUAUCCAUGGCUAUCCGCCUUUCUCGUUUUGUUAGUGCUAAGAAAGUUCCCAGGGGCUACUUUGCAGUUUAUGUUGGAGACAACCAGAAGAGGUUUGUGAUACCAGUGUCAUUCUUGAACCAUCCUUCAUUUCAAGAUUUGCUAGGUUUAUCGGAAGAAGAGUUCGGAUACAGUCAUCCUACUGGUGGUCUCAGAAUUAUCUGCGAUGAAAACAUAUUUCUUAACGUUACCUCUCGCUUGAAUUGAUUGUGAAAGAAAAUAACAAAAAUCAGCACAUAAAAUUUUGUAAAGCAAACAUCACUAAUGCCAUGUAAACCCUUUUUUCCCUUUCUUUUUGCCUUGGGGAGCAGAUAUAAGUCUCCCUAAGUGAAAAAUGAGAGAUGGAGGUUACUGUAACUAAUAUAAAUCAAUCAAAAUGGAA